AUGCCUGAUCAGGACAAAAAGUUGAAGAGCACAGCAAAAGCAAUAAAACAAAAGCCUUCUGGGAUCUCUAUGAGGGAUUAUUCUGAUCUAAAAGGGCUUCAGUCUCUCUUAAGUGUUCAGUCAAGGAACCAACAGCUUCCAGCUAGAUAUAUUGAAAGUGGUCAAACUAGUGUGACAAGAACUUGGCAAAAUGUCAAAAGCAAUGAACAGCAGUCCAAUGGUCAAUGCCAAGCAUCAACAGAAGCUGUUGAGCUUGAGAAAUUUAGUGUGACCUACAAGAAUGAGAGAAAUUUUAGCAAGAUCAGAGCAGUGGCCAGGCAAUGGGUUAUUCAAGCUCGGUGCACGCAUUUUAUUAGAUUAUUAAUCUGCCUGAGAUUAUUAAUAAGAGAUCCAUGCUACCAGGAAAUGCUCCACAGCCUGGGUGGAAUUGAAAAUCUAGGUCAGUAUAUGGAAACAGUAGCAAAUCGUUAUCUUAAUUACAAGGAAGAGCAGCGCAAUGUAGACAAGUUGGUCAACAUGACAUGUAGAAUCAUACAUUUACUUACCUUUUUUUUUUUCUUUUUUUUCCACACCUUGGUAAAUUUAUUAUCUGCCAGAGACAGUUAUGUUUUUGGUGCCCUCCUUGCUCCUACUAGCUUAGUAGAAUGUCCAGAAUGUAGAGAGGAGAUAAGUGAGAUUGUUGAGAACUUGCUGGUGAUAUUACAUGGAUAUGAUUUUCUCUCUAACGGGUUCAGAAUAGAGUUGCUAUGACUCCUUUGUGCAGAGUCACGAGUCAAAGAGCAAAUAAAAAUGUACAAAGGAAUUCCAGUCUUGCUCAGUUUGCUCCAUUCUGAUCGCAUCAAAAUUCUAUGGAGUGUAGUUUGGAUUCUGGUACAGGUUUGUGAAGCUCCUGAGACUAGUGUGGAAAUUAGGAUCUGGGGUAGAAUCAAGCAGCUCCUUCAUAUGUUACAGGAGUAGGUUUUCAGUCCUCAACAUUCCCUGUUUUAUGAAAGAGCAUCUUUGGCUUCCAUUUUUAACACUGCAACUGCAGCAGGGAGAAUCCAGUAUCUUCAUUUGUCAGAUGAACUGAGUCCUGAUGAGAUACAAGAAAAUACUUUCUCACUUCAAGCAGCUAGUUGUGCUGCAAUUACUGAACUAGUGCUCAAUGAGAAUAAUGCUUACUAGGUUGUACAGGCAAAUGCAAUAUAUACAAUAGCAAAGCUAAUUUUAUCAAACAAAGAAAGGAAUGCUGAAAAAGCCAGUUUAUUACAGGAGGAUGUAUUGAAGCAAAUUGCUGAAAGUACUGAGAACAUGAAUCAGAAUAAGGCACCCACAAAUCAUGUAGGCAAUGAUGCAAUUUUAGAGCACCUUGGCAGUGGAGCUUUUGGAAGAGUAUGUAAGGUUAGAAAGCAUAAUGGACAACAUCUCCUGGAAAUGAAAGAAGUCAAUUUACACAAUCCAGCAUUUGUAAAUGACAAAAAUGACAGAGAUAGCAGUGUAAAAAAUAUUGUCUCUGAAUUAGCCAUCAUCAAAGGGCAGGUGUUUCUUAUGAACUCUACUUAUCAUCCAAAUGUUGUAUGGUAUUACAGAACCUUCUUGAAAAAUGCCAGGUUGUAUAUAGUGAUGGAUCUCAUGGAGGGGGUGCCAUUGGGAGACCAGUUUCACUAUUUCAAGAAAAAGCAACAACAGUUUACAGAAGAGGAAUAUGGCAUAUAUUUAUCUGAAAUCUUUGUGAAGCUCUUUCUGUUUGGUUUUUAACUUUGUCUAGCUCUUUGUUAUUUGCAUAAAGAGAAAAGGAUUGUUCAUUGAGAUCUCACUGUGAACAAUAUCAUGUUGGAGGAUAAAGACAAAGCUACAAUUAUUAAAAUAACUGACUUUGGUCUUGCAAAGUGAAGGCAGGAAAUCUGCAAACUUGCGUAAGUAAUGGGUGAAUUAGAAGUGAGUUGUCCUGAAGUUGUAAAGGGUGAGCUGUGUGGAGAGAACGCUGAUGUCUGGGCUGCAGGAUGCAUCCUUGAACAGAUGGCCACUCUGGGCCCACCAGUUUACAGCACCAAUGUGCCCUCCUUGGCAACUGAGAUAGUAGGGGCUGUAUAUGAACCUGUGCCAGAAGGACUGUACUCUGAAAAUGUCUCAUUUACCAUUAAGAGGUGCUUGACUCCUGAUGCAGAGGCACGUCCAGACAUGUUAGAAAUCACCUCACUUGUGCCUCAUGUGAUGAUGAAAUAUCUGGAAUUUUUAUCCACCUCUCAUCUCAUGCUGGAGAAGAAACUGGAUUGGGAGAGGAGACAAACCCGGUGGUACUUCAUGGAGGCCAAUUGAAAUGCAGUAACUUACCACCAUCAACUUCCCAUUUUAUCACAAGUAUUUUCUCUGAAUGACAAUCAGAUAGACAUAGUGGACAAUUCAAGCAGCUCCAGUUCAAGUAAUUUGGAAGAGUGUGCUGUUGGUAUAAUUGAACAAAGUUUCAGUGUUUCUGAAAGACAGCCUCAGAUAAGAGAUUAUGUUGACAGUUCUGGAUAAAGACUGCGAUCAGCAUUGGCAGGAAUCGCUGUAUCACAAGGAAAGGUGCAUCAGAUCAGUGACCCUGUUCAGCAGAUUCUGCACAAAAUUAUCUUCAGCACUAAACUUCCUCCAGCUUUGCAAUGCAACUUGGAAAGGAGUAUUGUUGAGAGAUUCAAGAAGUCCCUUUUCAGUCAGAAGAGCAAUCCUUGUAAACUGGAAUCAGAAAUCAAAAAGGUCUUGCAAUAUGCUGCUGAAUUGAUUGAACCCAAUAUCUUCAUAACAGAUUGGCAUGGGGUACGUCUUUCUUCAGGUGGAAAUAUGCUGCUGCCAGAUGAUAGAAAAGGCAUUCUUGGCACUUCUGGCAUGGCAGAAGGGAUGACAUAUGAGCAGUUGCAGACUCUAAUUGAAGAGGCUCUAGAGGAAAGUGGUUAUUACAGUUUCUCUUCUUACAGAGGAAUUAUCACCAUCUCUGAUAGGCUCAGCUUUGGCCAGAAGCAGUGCUGGAGCCAGUGGGCAUUGGCUCUGUCAGACCUGGGGGAGGCUUCUGGCAGCUUCUCACAGAAGCCGCUCCUGUAG